AGGAGGCAGUGACCAGUGAUAAUACAGUGAGGCAUAUUCUACUACUUACAAUUUAAAUUUUAAAUGUUUUUAUAGAAUACGCAUGAACAAUAAAUUGUUACUGUCCAUAGUCUGAUUUUCGGUGUUCUGUUUCUAUAUAAUAACCUGUCAAAACGAUAAUCAGCGUAGACAGCAAUGUGACAUUAACGAAUCCGAAUACGAAAUUAUAAUAAUAUAAUAAUAAUAAAUCGUGGUUUUUCAAUUAUUAACUAAAAUGGACUGUGGUAAACAGAACGAUACUCUGUUGUCCAUACCGACGUUAAUUAAUGUAAAAACGCAGGAUUGCUAUGACGUGUUGAUGAAAAAGACUCACCUGAUCGGUCGCGCUGGUUUUGGUGCUGAUCUAGAAAUAUCGGACGAUACAUCCAUUAGCCGUUGUCAUGCACAUCUCAUUCUUGUCAAAAAAGCAUUUGGUAGUAAAAUGAAACUGUUUUUGACUCUUGAGGACAAGAAAUCUAAGUAUGGAACAUAUAUUAAUAAUUUUGAUGAACGAAUUAUAAGUGAAUGCCCUAGAAUUUUAAAGUUUGGCGAUAAAAUUCGUUUUGGCAUAAUGGAUAGCAUUUGGACUGUUGUUAAAUAUCCUUUAAUUGUUUGUCCAUCAACAUUGAAAAUGGCUGAUAAAGAAAUACUGAAAAAUCUAAUGGAAAAAAUUGGAGGACAAGUAUCACGUGAUUGGUCCGGAAAGUGUUCACACCUCUGUAUGAAUACUAUUACUGUUACAGAAAAGGUGUUAUUAUGUUUAGUAUCUGCAAAAUCAAUAGUACUCCUGAAGUAUUUUAUUGAUUUAUAUAAAGCAUUAUUACCUGAUUCAUUGUCUGAAUUACCAUUCUGUGUGGAUUACAAGCCUAAAUUGGUCGAAAGUCUUUUAAACCCAAAUUCAUUGUCAUUAGAUGUAAAUAACAAACGUAAAAAUAUAUUUUCUGGAAAAACAUUUAUAUGUUCAACAGUUAAUCAAUUAAAUCGUAUUUCAAAAUUAGUAAAAUUAGCAGGUGGGGAAAUAAUAAAUUAUUUAGAUGGAAUUUUAUCUGACGAUGAUAUCUUAAGCUGUACAAAAUAUAUUCUAAUGCAACAAGAUUCACAAAGUAUGGAAAUUGAUAAUACAUACCAACGGAUUUUGGAAAAACUUAAGAUGACGAACAAAAGAUCAAUACCAGAAAAUGAUAUUGGAUUUGCCAUUAUUUUUUCAAGUACUGUAAAACAUUGUAAUGCCAAUUACAAUAUUUCUUUAGUUAAUCUUGAUUCUCAAUCCAAUGUAAUUAAAUCACAAGAGUCUAUUAUUUUAGCUCCUGAAACUGAGGUUUUAACUGUUAAUGAUAGUCAAAUGUUUUCAGUUAAUACUAUACCAGAUUCUCUUGCAAACACACAGGGUGCCUUUAAAAGACCAUUAGAAGUGGUAAAUGAUUCUGAAGAAAUUAUAUUACCAACAAAACGUCCCUUAUCGGCAUUCAAUGAAGAAAAAAUCAACAGUAUGAAAACAAUAAGAGUUGAAGAAGAUUUACAACUGUUUCAACGAGUGAUUGAACCAACUCCAUCAUGUAGUAACCAUAAUGUGCAACAUCCUGCAUCUAAAACUUCUAACCUAACUCCUACAGUUGAUGAUAAGGUAUAUACAAAUGAUAAUUUGUGUUUAACUACAGAACCAAGCUCAAUCUACUCUUCCAACACCAAAGAAUUGUCAACUUGGCUUCAAGGCACUGUAACUGAAAAUAGUAUAGACAAUACUAAUAAUUUACUUCCAAAGGCUACUGAAAACCGGAUUGUUCCUACCAAAAGAAAGAUAUCAAAUGAUUUCCCAAUGUUUAAUGACGAAUAUGAAGACCCAUUCAAUUAUAUGGAUAUCGAUGAAAUUGAAGAACAUCCCAAAAAAAAGCUAAAGAAAAGAGAUAUAGAUUCAAUAUUUCUUCCUUUCGUUGACACGUCAUCUAAAAAUAAAAAUGAACCGUCUAAAACUGUGGAGACUGAUAUCAAUGUAGCAAUAGAUCCAAAUUUUAUAAUGAAUUUACUCUCUGAGGCCAAAGGUACUGGACAGUUUAUAGAUGCAAGUAUACUCCCUGAUAAAUCGUCUACUAAUACACAUGAAGAUUCCGAGUAUGACUUCUUAUUAAAUUCUGUCAUUGUGGAAACUGUUAGUAUGGUGGUGUCCAGGCCUACACAAAUUACAAAAUACAAUCAAGAAAAUAACACUCAUCUUAAAAACUUCAAGAAAUUCAAAAAGAAAGGACCAACUAUGCGGAUUCCAUAUAUUGUUCCUAUGGAGUACUCACAAAUCGACUAAAAUAGCUUUGUUUUCCUAUUAAAAAUUGAAUUAUUAUGUAUUUAAGUUAAGUUUUGGUUAAUUAUAAUUUUUUUACUCGUUUAUUUAUGUAUACAAAUAUGUUUAAAUUUAAUAAACAAUAUUGUAUGUGGCUCAAA